AUGCUGGUGGGAGAGAUUGAGACUGGGCUGCAUUCCAGAACUUUGCAUGCUGUGAACCCUCUCCCAGGGCGCGGGCCCGGCGGGGCCCGGCGCGGCGGGACGGGCCUCACGGACCUGCCGGGCGAGCUGCUGGAGCAUCUCUGCUGCGACGUGCUGGGCGCCGCCGACAUCGGCCGCGUGUCCUGCACCUGCCGCGGGCUGCGCGAGGCGUGCCAGCCCCGCGGGAAGGUGUCGGAGCGCUUCCGCCUCAGGUGGCCAUCCCUGCUGAAGUACUACAGCCACACGGACGGGGUGAGCUGGCUGGAGGAGUACAAGGCGCGGCACAACGCGGGGCUGGAGGCCCAGAGAAUCGUGGCUUCGUUCUCCAAAAGGUUCUUCUCAGAACACGUCCCCUGUGAUGGAUUCAGUGACAUUGAGACUCUGGGGUGCCCCAGUCACUUCUUUGAGGAUGAGCUGAUGUGCAUCCUGAACAUGGAAGGAAGGAAAGGCCUCACCUGGAAGUAUUAUGCAAAGAAAAUUCUCUAUUUCCUGCGGCAACAGAACAUAUUGAAAAACCUGAAGGAGUAUCUGCAGCGCCCGACUGAGCGACAGUCGUUCCUGGAGGGUGCUGUUUUAAUUGAUCAGUACUGUAACCCCCUGUCAGACAUCUGCUUAAAAAGCGUCCAGGCGCAGGUGGACGAUAUCGCGGACAAGGUGCGCAAAGUCCUGCGGACCAAAAACCCCCGGCACCCCAGCUUGGCUUCCAAGGCAGGAGAGGUCUGUGUUCCAGAAGUGGAGCUCCAGCGGCAGGUUCUCGAUGCCAUGAACUGUGUCCUGUACGAGCAGUUAAAAUACAAAGGAAACGAGCUGGAUUACUACAACUCCCUGAAUUCAUACAUUCACCAGGUUUUGAUCCGCAGGACAGGAAUUCCCAUCAGUUUGUCUGUGCUUUAUUUAACAAUUGCCAGGCAACUGGGAGUCAAACUGGAACCAGUCAACUUCCCCAGCCAUUUUCUCCUGAGGUGGUGUCAAGGAAAAGAAGGGAGCACAGAUAUUUUUGACUACACCUACAUUGAUGCCUUUGGGAAGGGGAAGCAGCUGACGGUGAAGGAGUGCGAGUACCUGAUCGGGCACCACGUGACGGAGGAGUUCUAUGGGGUGGUGACUUCCAAAGAGGUCCUGCAGCGCAUGGUGGGCAACCUCCUGAACCUGGGCAAGCGAGAAAGCACUGACCAGUCUUACCAGCUCUUGAGAGACUCCCUGGAUCUGUACCUGGCCAUGUAUCCGGACAAUGUGCAGCAUCUAAUGCUCCAGGCUAGGUUAUACUUCCACCUGGGAAUCUGGCCAGAAAAGGUCCUGGACAUCCUGCAGCACAUCCAGGCCCUGGACCCGUCGCAGCACGGGGCCGUGGGGUACCUGGUGCAGCACACCCUGGAGCACAUCGAGCGGCGCAAGGAGGAGGUGGGGCCCGAGGUGAAGCAGCGCUCCGACGAGAAGCACAAGGAGGUCUGCUUCUCCAUAGGGCUCAUCAUGAAACACAAGAGGUACGGCUAUAACUGCGUCAUCUACGGCUGGGACCCCGCCUGCAUGAUGGGACACGAGUGGAUCCGGAAUAUGAACGUCCACAGCCUCCCCCACGGCCCCCACCAGCCCUUCUACAACGUCCUGGUGGAGGAUGGCUCGUGCAGAUACGCUGCCCAAGAGAACCUGGAAUACAACUCGGAGCCUCGGGAGAUCCCUCACCCCGACAUCGGCCGCUAUUUCUCCGAGUUCACCGGCCUUCACUACCUGGCAAACACCGAGCUGGAAAUCCGGUACCCGGAGGAUCUGGAGCUCACACGAGCCACGGUUCAGAAGAUCUACAGCUCAGGCAAGGAGUGAGUGCAGAAGGCAGCGUGAGGACAGAAGCAGCUGGAGUGUAGCUUUACCCUCUUGGCAAAACUUGCGUGGAAAGCAAGUUCGGUGACAAUCCUUUGGCUUGAUAAUGCAUUGAAAACUGCAUUGAACUUUGAGACUGGUGCUACAGCAUCUUCCCCUUGCCUGCCUGCCCCUUCUGGCCCGAGAGGCACAGGGACAUGUUGGCAGUUGAGGCCAAGCAGAAGGAUCUUGCAGGGACAGCCAUGCCAAGGAAGCGCGUGGUCCUUCGGAAGGAUCUGCACAAACUGUCCUGUGGUUGUCUUGCCUUAGGAGGUCGACACAGUGAGAUCCCUGGUGUGGAACGUGGAAGAACCCCCUCUUCCAGAGAAGGAAGUUGCUUGUCCUUGCAGAACUGUGGGGUUUUUGUUUGGUUGUGUCUGUUUGCUUUGGUUUUUAAUGUAUAUCCCAGGCAGGUGAUAGUUUUUAAAGUCUCUUACGUUUCCCUGUCGUCCUCUCCGGUCUGAGUUUUUGGUCAGGUUUUGCUUCACCUCUGUAGUCUGAUUGUUCAUAGAGCUUCUGUUCCAAUCCUGAAUAUCCUUCUGGGCCUGGCAAUAUCCUUUUGGGCCUGGCAAUAUCCUUUUGGGCCUGGGAAAGAGCCCCAGCAACAAAACCAGCAGCAAUGAGGCUUCUGGGGGUGGCAGGCACUGGGUCCAGUGGCCACCUUGCUGAGGACACGGACUCUCCUGAAGCAGAAGAGGAGCUUCUCGUCCUUUUCCACGCCUGCUGAACACACCCAACCCAUGUUUCGUGAUCUGUUCAUCAUGUGUGUCCAAGGCAGGACCUGUGGCAUGGCCUGAGUGCUCCCAGGACACUUUGGAACCUCGUGGCACUUUCCUGGGAGCCUUGGGGCCGGUGCCACAAUGACUUUGAUGUACAGGGAGCUGCCACUCGCUGCCACCUCCAAUCUGUAGGUAUUUAUGCAAUACAUUGGAAUUAUGACUGGAAACUGGCCAGCCCUGCAGUCAGCCAACCUGUGUAUGGAAACAAGAUGUUGAUUCCUGCAGCUCGAGGCCUUCUUCCUUUUUGCCAAAAGAGACUGGAUUCUGGGGGAGCACAGACUUUGCUGCCUGCAAGGGAAGAGCUUUAGCAGCUCGAGGCACAUGAAUUUUAACAUGACUUAAAGACUGAACCACAGCAGAAAAGGUUUUCCUCUGGGUCCAGGGGUGCAGAGUGACAGUGUUUGUGCAUAUCUUUGUGGUUUCUGAAGCAAUGUGUGUAGAGUAGCUGCAGCUCCUGUAACUGUCCAGUUGCAACACAGUAGUUCUCUCAGAGCUGAGAAUUAGGUCCCUGUAGAAUUAGGUGGAUGCUCUUAGGCUCUUGUAGCACUUCAGGUGAAAUCACAGAGCCCUGCCCUAAAGCAAUGCUUGAACUGCAUGUCAUCCUCCUGCAGUCCUGAUCAUCCUGCAGUCCUGGUCAUCCUGCAGUCCUGGUCAUCCUCCUGCAGUCCUGGUCAUCCUCCUGCAGUCCUGGUCAUCCUGCAGUCCUGGUCAUCCUGCAGUCCUGGUUAUCCUGCAGUUCUGGUCCUCCUGCAGUCCUGGUCAUCCUCCUUCAGUCCUGGUCAUGCUCCCACAGUCCUGGUCAUCCUCCUGCAACCAUGGUCAUUCUCCUGCAACCAUGGUCAUCCUCCUGCAACCAUGGUCAUUCUCCUGCAAUCCUGGUCAUCCUCCUGCAAUCCUGGUCAUCCUGCAGUCCUGGUCAUCCUCCUGCAGUCCUGGUCAUCCUCCUGCAGUCCUGAGCACUGGUUGUGUGCAAGAAAUAAACACUCAAAGCCCA